CUGCUAUUCUUCGUAACUUUGCUUUUCAUCGUUGAAGCUUGCUGUGCCAAGGAUCUGGAUCAUAGUCUAUAACUCUCUUAGAAACUUCACUUUUGUGUGCAGCUAUUACUCGGCUUGUCUGACAAACGCUUUAUUGUUUGCUCCAAAAAAGUCACCGGGAAUUACCCAAGCGUCAAGAAAAGGAGAAGACGUGUGUGUCUAUACCAAAAAACGGUACAGAAACAGUCGGGAUAGCAGCUUAAUUUUAACAUAUUUGAAAGGAAUCUGCUGCGAUAAUGGUAACGAUGGAGAAUCAUGAAGAAAUAAUGCAAAUCUUGGACCGUUUUACGCGCCUCAAGCAAAAAGACAUUCCAAAGGAAUUGGAUGACUACCUUGGAUAUGUCGCUAAAACGGGCGACACGGUUUUCAAGUGGGCCUCACUCAAAUAUUUGUUCCGUGAGAAACUUUUGAAUGUUAUAAAGAAUUUCUACGACACUACACCAAGAAUUGAUGAAAUUCCCCAAUAUCCAAAUGUUGAUCCUUUCAAUUAUGAAAGCAUGAAAUCAUCUUUACUUGAACGUCUUGAACUAUUUAAUGCUGCCCCUUUCACCAUACAACGUUUGUGUGAGUUACUUAUUGAUCCCCGGAAGCAAUACAGCAGGAUUGACAAAUUUAUGCGAGCACUGGAAAAAAAUAUCCUUGUAGUCAGUACCGUGGAACCAGGUCGUAAGAGAACCGAGUCAGAAAAUGGAGACUCUCUUGAUUCAGUUGUUAAUGGCGAUCUUUCGUUGGACGUCAAUGUAGACAUUGAAAUGGAAUCGGAGGGGCUUUUCAAUAGUUCUGAAACAACCAAUGGAAAUGGCACAGCCACUAAAGCAGAAGUAGAGGCAGCCAAAGAAGAAACAAAACAGGAGGGCGGAGAAAAGAGUGUGUCCAAGAAUACACAUGCUAACGAUGACGACAAUUUGCCUAAUCCGAAGAAAGCCAAACUUGAUUUGCCUGACGAUUCGAAAAAUAUAGAUGAAGAAGUCAAGAAAUCAGAAACAAUGACAAAAGAACAAGUAGAAGCAAAGAAAAUGGAAUGCGAAGAAGUUGUAGAAAAAUCCAAAGAAGAAAAGGAUGGGGACAUACCCAAUGAAGAGGUGAAAGUUAUAGAUGAAGCUAAAACAGCGACAGCAGAAAAUGACGAUCGUCCUAAAAUGAUGAAAAUAGACAAAGAAUCGAACGAAACAUUAGAAGAUAAAGUAGGACAAAACAAGACGGAAAUUGAAUCUAAAAAAGAAGAAGAAGAAAAUGAAGUGCAGCGAACUGAGGAGCAUAAACUUGAAAAGCCUACUGAGGAUUCGAUUAAUAAGGAAGAAGUCGAUGAUCAGCCUGAUGAAAAGGUUAGAUCACCAGAAACGGAAAAAACCAAAUCUGAAGAUAUAAACGAAAAACCAGUUGACAUUAAGGCUGAAGAAGAAGUUGACGCAAAGGCUGUCGAGCUAAAGGAGGCAUCACAGAAAAACGAAAAUAAAGAUCAAGUGGAUAACAAGGAAGAAAAAACAGUCGUUGAGAAACAGGAAACGGAAAAGAGAGAAAAGGAUCAGGUGGAGACAAAUACAACAGAAGUGUUACAAGCAGAAAAAGAUGCAGAGGUAAAGCCAGAAAAGCCGGGGGAGAGCAAAGAAAUCGAAGAAGCAGAUACUGCAAACAAAGACGAACCAAAGGAAGAGGAUACUAAGAAAAGUGAUGCUGAAGGCAAUGAAAAAAUUGAAAAUGUUUUGGCAGCGGAAAACAAAACAGAGUCGUUGGAGGAAAAAGCAACAGAAAAAGAGGGAAUAGAGGCAGAAAAAAAGACUGAACUUUCAAGCGAAAUCGAAAAAGUUGCUGAGCAAAACGAUGUCGCCGAAAAAGAAGCUACUUCUAAUAUCGUAUGCGACCAAGUAGCCACAAAUGAUCCCACAGAAGAGACUGCCAACACCACACCCGCUCCUACGAUUAAGCCCGUUCAAGUUGUAGAAACAGCCGACGAAACUGCAAAUGCAAGCAAUGUUGGGGUUUCCAUCCCCAAGGCACCUCCAACAUUGGCUCUAAACGACCAACCCAUGGAGGAGGAUGCUGCAACUGUCCAAGAAGUUGUUAUGACCGAUGCCCUUGCAAAACCCGAUGAGGAUCCAUCCGGAAUGGAAGUUGAUGACACCAGCCAAGAAGCUAUGGAUCAGUAAAAUUUUAAUAUCAUUUAACAUUCUUAUUUCAAAACAAAUACUACAAAAAAAAAACGCUAAAAGCGUUUUAUAAACAUUCGAAUGAAAAAGACUUCAAUGUGGAUCUAGCGACGCGCAUCUACAAUCUAAUCUAUAGUAUUUCCACAACAUAUUUCAUACAGACAAAGAUAAUUUAUCAUUAUAUAUAAUCAUUAAAUAUCGCAAAAUACAAAAAUAUGAGCUACUUGAUUGGGCACACUCCUAAAGUUAGUUUGAAAAAUUCACAAGAGGAGGUCAUCUUUCCAAAUUACAACAAGACAUUACUUAAAACGAAUCUUCGGAUGCAAGUUAUAUAUAAACAUUUUUAUAUUUUAUAGACUUCAUAGAUUUACAUAUAUGUUAUCCAAUCAUUCACAUUUAGUAUUAUUAUUAUUCUAUGUUCUAUGUUCGUCUAAUUUUAUUUUUACUGGUUCGUUUCGUCAAACGCUUUCGCGAUAAGUUAAAAGGGCAACUGGCAAACAUUACAUAGCGGAGGAUGUUUGUUUUAUACUGUCAGUCAUUAAAAAAUGUUCGACAAUAUAUAUAAAGAAAAAGAGAGACGGAAAGCGAAUGCUCAUUGAUUCUUGCUUUUGAAUUGUAUGUUUGUUUUUAUCUUGUUUUCAUGUCUCAUUUUUAAUACAUGAUAUAAAACGAUGAAUCUACACCAGUAAAUACAUGUAAUUGAUAUACGUACUAAAAAUAAAA